AUGCAUGCAGAGGCAACUGUCUUGGAUUACCUCAGCGGCGAGGAUGCGGUUCUGUACCAGGGCCUGGGGCAGAACUAUUUCGUUCCAUCCACGCGAAAAAUGAACGCCCAGGCAUAUUUCCAGCUUGGUCUCAUGCUGAUGCAUGUCUUCUGGUAUGACUUGGCUAUUCAGAAGUUCCAGAAGGCCCGUUCGUUGGAUCCCAACUUUGCCAUGGCAUACUGGGGCGAGGCCAUGUGUUACAAGCAGCCUCUCUGGCAGACGGAAGACCUUGCAUCAGCCCAGGCGGUUCUGGCGGCAUUGAAUCAGACGCAGGCCGUUAAAAACGCAGCAGGUGUGCACGUGCUGUAG